GUGGCGAACAUUGUGAUCAUAGAACUUGUAGCCGGCACAUCAACCUGCUUCCAUUCACACAUUUUUCGACAAUACCUUCUAUAAUGACAGAAUCUACUCCUUCCAGACUUUCUAUUCACUCACCGGAUCCAUCAAAAUCCGCCCACUUUUUUGCACCGCCUGGCACUUCAAGUUCAACUGAUAUAACACAAACAACAGCAAAGUCAACAACCAAAAAAAUUCAGAUGUCAACGAUCAGGGUACAAGAUCUUGAAUUUAUACCUUCUUUAACUUCAUCAAAGGUGGAAACAAUGAGAAUAAUAAAAGCGAAACCACCAUCUCCAGGCGAAAAUAAAUUUAGAUUAAUUGAUGCUUCGAGCCAGCCCUCGUUUCAAAGAGAGGACGCACUGGCCGAGAGUAAUUGCCUCAAUCAUUCUAACUUGUUGCAGGAGUCUGAAGAAGGGAAGAAUGUAAGAACAAAUGAGGCAGACAAGGUUAAGCUAUCGGCUGACGAAACUUUUAGAGAGCUUUCCAACACCAGUGAGACUAUGAAUUCUUACAUAAUGACUCCUGUAACGCGAAGCAUGAGCAUCGGAACUAGCCUGAUUAGCUCUUCUCCAAAAAACCAGUUUUCCCUUAUCUCUGACUGUACUAUCACUAACAGAUCAGACUCUUCGCUUGACUUAAAUCUCAAACAUGCAAGUACUAGUUACAAAAUUAAGGAUAUUCUUGACUAUGAUGACAAUGUUUCUACCAGGAGUAGUAAUAUUGAUGAUGAUUAUAGAACAGCCCGAGAUCAUAGCUCUGGUAUUAAUAGUAAUAAAAAUUAUGGUAACACUUCUCUGUCUUUUGAUGUGAGAGAAGAUGAGGAAGAUACUACCACUUUGAUUUGUAAAGCGCCUUGUAUUCCAACUAGCCUAAUUCCGGAAGAAGAAUGUCAUCAAUGCAACUUAAUAAGCUUGGCUGAUCAUCGACAUAAUAGGCCGGAGGCACGUUCUGAACCGUCGCCAGUCAAUGCUUCCAAUGAUUACUCAACUGACGCAAGCAGCCUAUCUCUCUUGUAUGGACGAGGUAACUCCGAGAUGAAGUCAUCAAAGAGAUGGAAGCGAAAAGAGGAACUUGGGUUUUGGCACCCAACUCCAACAGAAACUUGUUUGGAAGGUUCUGAGUUGGGGACGUCUAAUGUAGAAGCCUCGUGUAGAAUGGAUGAAUCGGUGGGACAGAUGGGUGAUAUGAUUCUGCCUGAUUUAACGCCUCAUCCUCCAAAUGCUCCUGGUGUUAAGUGUCAUUCUUCGUUCCACUCCGCCUCCCCUCCUCUUCUCACUUCCUCCUCUUCCUCUGCCUCUCUAUCUUCGUCUCUCUCUUCCUCACCUACUUCUUUGCCAUUAGUUUCAUCCGGGUACCCCUUGCCACUACAAUUAACCCAAGAGAGCAUGCUCUUGGAGGAAGGGCAGCUAGACACUUUACAUCCUCAAUUGGAAGAAGAGAGACUUGACGAAGUUGAGAGUAGACUUUGUCGUCAUAUUAGGAGGGAAGAUGAGCACGAAAUGGAAGAGGUCGAUCAAAUGGGAGAAGACAGGGAGACAGAGGAUUCAACCUCUGAAGUGGUAGAAUCUCAGCAGCCACAUUGUUGCCCUCAUAAUUUCCAUGCUUCAGCCUUUUCUCCACAGUUAUGUACAACCCUCUCCCCCAUUCCUCAAUCUCCGGCACCGACUUCGACUAAUCGCCUUGACCUUGUACACCAUCGCUGUCCGAGCCAACAUAUUUCGGCUGGCUCAAUAUCAAGCCCUGUUCAUACUGAUAGAGCAUCACUGGUGUCUGAGAGAGAGAUGGAACAGUUAACCGACCUAAAUUCGGCUAUACCUUGGAGAGAGUCCACAAGAGAAAGAGGUGCAAAUGGAGUUGGAAUCAAUUCGAAUGCUGCUAGGAGCAGGUGU